AUGUACACUGCUAGCAAGCCAGAAAAUCCAGAGGAUUAUCGUGAGCUACAGAUCGAUGGAAAGACGUUCUAUAAGCUCAAGGGAGAUGUCCAGAAGGUAACAAGAAGAAGAAGAUAUUCGGAUCAGUUCAAAGACCCACUGUUCAUUCAGAAAGAUAUCAAUAGGAAGUUAAGGAUGAUGAGACAAUUUAGAGAAACACAUGGUGACUUAGAAAGCGUAAUAGAAAGGUGGAAAGAAUGUAUUUCCGAAUGCAUAUCAAUACUGUGCAAUCAAUAUAGUAUACCUCCGCUUGAGAUAUUCAAGGCCUUUCCCCUUAAGAAGUGGGGCUUCGAUAUAGAAGACUAUGGAGGCUGCGAGGAAGAUUUCUUACCUCACAGCAAAGACUGA